UGUCUCACUGAAACUCUUCCCUCUGUUGUUGUUGUUAGCAGCUAGCCUGAUUACUAGACUCUCACGACCAUGACUUUCUGACAGGCUGCGUUUAAAAUACAGCAGCAGUUUUUAUAUAUUUAUCAAAAUGAAAGCAGCGCCGGUGAAACGGACUUACUCCAAACUGCCCGUGUGGAUUGUAGAAGACCACCAUGAAGUUGUGCCCCACAUCUAUCGGGCCAUCGCCUCUCGCCACCUUCCCCUGAGUGGUGUUAAAAUGGUUCAUCUGGACUCCCAUCCUGACCUGCUGAUUUCAGUCAACAUGUCAGCUAAGACGGUGUUCGAUAAAGAGGCUCUGUUCAGCGAGCUGAGCAUUGAGAACUGGAUCAUGCCGAUGGUCUUUGCUGGACACGUGUCCCACGUCGCCUGGCUGCAUCCGUACUGGGCUCAGCAGAUCAAAGAAGGCGAGCAUUACAUGUGUGUCGGUAAAGACAAGUCAACAGGCACCAUCAGGGUCACAAGCACUGACGAUUACUUUCUGAGCGACGCCCUCUACGUUCCCACUGACCAGCUGGAGGACUCCAAGCCCCUGCACUUAAGAGUCGUCAACGUGGAUCCAGUGGGCACUUCUCACUCUAGUCACACGAGUCAGAAAGAAGACCACACUGCCGUGAAGAAACCUAAAAUUAAUGCCAACAAUGAGGCCGAUACCCAGCCCUCCACAUGCACACUUCAGCCACCAGAUGGCAGCAGCACUUCAGGAAACAGCCACAGCCCAGAUACCCAGACACAGCCUGCGGAGGGCUCUGCUGCCCAUGUUGUCAGCAGCUUGCUCGGUUUAAUUGAGCAGAAUGAUGCCUACAUCCUUGACAUUGACCUGGAUUUCUUCUCCUGUAAGAAUCCCUUCAAGGAUCUUUACACCCAGGAAGAGUACUCAAUCCUGCAGGAAUUGUACAGUUUCAAGAGGCCAAAAGAGGAUGCGGACGAGGGUGAGCUGUCAGACUGUGUGGAGAGACGCACUCGGCAGCUGGAGGAUCUCGAAGCCGCCUUCGCUGACCUGCUGGAGGACGACAGCCAGAACACCAUAGACCGCUGGGCUGCAAAUCCUGGGAUGAAAUCUCUGGCCAAGCUGGUGCGUAGCCUGAAGGAGCGAACAGAGGCACCAGACUAUGAAAUGGUGCACCAGGCCGGCCUGACCUGUGAUUACUCUGAGCUUCCACACCACAUUAGCAGUGAGGACGAGAUCCAGCGGCUCCUGCAGGCUGUGCAGCUUGCGGUGAAGACUCUUCCCAAACCUACUAUAGUUACCAUAUCAAGAUCCAGUUUGGAUGAAUACUGUCCUGCUGAACAGGUGGACUCCAUUCAGAGCAGCAUGCUGGAGAUUCUCGAAACCUUGUUCGGCUCUUUAGACGUUCAUAAGGAUUACGAAUCCUCUACUGAAGAAAGUACAUCAAAAAGCUCAUGAACAUGAGUGCAUAUUUUUAGGCAAAUUUAGUAAGAGUAGAUCUUUGAGUUGAAAGAGGCGGGUGAGUCGAGUGUGCAGUGGGGUGGAGUUAUUUAUGCGAGUGGUUUCAAGAUAAAUGGAGCUGCUGGAAUUCAUAUGUCUGCUGCUGAAUAUGUUAUCAGGGGAAUGUGGGAACUAGUGAAUCAUGCAUCAUUGGGCAUUAAUGAUUAAAAACAAAAACUAACACCAAUGAACCAAGUCAGAAUAAAUCAGUGUGUUCCCACAUAUACGUCAGUAUUUCUCACACUUCAUUGUGAAAGUGAGCACUGUUUGAGAAUUGUCAUUUUUUGUGUACAUUCUAUGAAUUUGUAGAAUUGUAUGUCAUUAUUUAAAACUAGAUCAAAGUUUUUGCAUCAUUUUUUUCUUUUUUAAACACCUGGAUUUAAACUCUAAACUGCGGGUUGGAGCAUGAGCCAGUUUGAGCAUGGUGGAACACCUGUGGUGCUGCAUGUAUUUUUAGGUCUAUACCUGAGCAUCACAUUUCACCGUUCUCAGCAGCUUGCCUCAAUCUAGCUGUCAGUGCCAAAGUUCCAUUUUAGGUUAAUGAUAUGCGUAAAUCAUGCUGAUAGGGCAUUAAUGAUUUAAAAACACAAACAACCCAACCUAGAAUAUAUUGGUUUAUGCCCAUGUAUGCAUCAUGUAUGCAUGAACAUUUCUCACGCUUUGUUGUGAAAGAGAGCACUGACUGAAAAGUGUCAUUUUGUGUACGUUCUCUGUGAAUUUGUAGAAUUACAAUAAAUUAUUUCUUUUCUUGUAA